UUUUAUUCACAGCAGGAAUAUUGCAUACUCAAGCUUGUGCUGGUCAAAAGUGAAGAGACAUGAAACACUUUCUCAAAGCAAUGUUGAACCAAUGGACCCCACUUGGAACCCUUUUACGAUACUUCUCAGAAAUUUGCAUCACAUGGACAUUUUAUUUACAUUCAUUUUUCUAGUUCUUUAAUUGUUGUAAAAGAGUCUAGUUAUUCUCUCUUGCAUCUCAGAAUUUCUUGUGCUUAGGGAAAUAAUCUUUGUUUCAUUCUCUCCCAUAAGAACUGUGAUCUGUUUUCAAUUUUACCUCUGAAUAGAAAUAAUGGAUAUGGUUAAUUUGGUAUCUUCUGGUUUUCUCUUCUAUCUAUGCUCAUGUUGAGGAGAAGUGUCAAGAACAAAGGGAAAUAUAAAAACAUUUUCUAUCUCUUCAAUUGUAGUGUUAUACUCAUUGCAGGUGCAAGAUGGUUGAGCAGAGAAUUAUGAGUGUUGUUUCUUCUUCCUCUAACUCUUGUACAAAAAAAUAUGAUGUUUUUAUAAGCUAUCGAGGUAAAGACAAACGCAGGAACUUCAGCACCCAUCUUUAUGAGGCUUUGGUGCAAAAGAAAGUGGAAACCUAUGUAGAUGAAGAUAUUGAAAAGGAUCCAUCCCAUGUCAGGAACCAAACUGGGAGGUUUAUGGAGAGCUUUGUAAAACAUGAAGGAGAACCCAACUGCAUAAAAUGGAAAACUGCUCUCACUCAAGCAGCCAACUUAGCUGGAUGGAGCUCUCAAAAUUAUAGGACUGACUCUGAAUUACUUAAGGACAUUGUUGAAGAUGUUUUGGAAAAAUUGCCUCCUAGAUGCAGAAACCAAUGUAAAGGAUGGGUGGAAAACCUUACACGGAAAGCCCAACUUCAAGCAAUUGCAAUUGAAGAAAGUGCCAAAUGCAAAGCAGUAGAGAAAGUGAUCAAGUCACUUACUUCUCAAGUAGAAACUAUAUUCCUACAAGAGCUACAAUCUCUCACGUACACAGAUAGAGGAUUGUUGAAGGAUAUGCCAUGAGGUUACAUCACUAGUGCAGAUUCUGGUUUUUAACUCGCCUUAUAGGCCUCGGUUACUGCGGGACUGAAGCCUAUAAGGAAGCGGUGGCAUUUUUGAAAUUUUUCUAACCUUUUUGCCUCGGGUCCUUAUCCA